UUCCCACCUUUCUCCCUGCUUCCAGUCUGCCAAAUUUUCUGCUGUCGUCGUCAGAGGCCCACACCGAAGAUAUAUACGACGACCGACGCCAAAAUCAUCAGCAUCAAUCACGCUGGGUCUAUCGUAUGAUUAGGCCAAAUAUUCUCUUCGAAUUGCCACACCAAUGAUCCACCGCGAGUACACCGUGGCAGAAAUCUCUACGUGGAUGUUGGAGGCAAUUGACCUCGCUCGAUAUUCAAUUGUUGCGGUAUACGCGCUUUGCAUCUACGACUGGCUGAUAUCAUUAGAAGAAGAAUACGAGCUUAUACAUAAAGCCCCACAUCGCUGGACUGCAGUCAAAGGCGCAUAUCUUGUCUGCCGCUAUUACCCCAUUAUUGUCUUCCCAUUUCAGCUUUGGGCAUGGCUCGGUGAUCACACCUACGGUGUCUGCUCCAACGCUCUCACUCCUCUAUACGUCACCCUCCUCCCACUCCAAUUAUCGGCUCAAGUUGUCCUAGCGCUACGAGCACAUGCGUUCGCCGGACGGCGAACAUCAAUCCUUAUCAUUCUCUCCCUAGGUUUGGCGGGCCUACUCGCACUUGAGCUCUAUGUCUUUCUAGCUGACAUUGCACUCGUUUACGGUAUUUAUGACUGGCUGGGAAAAACAGGUUGUUAUGGCACGUCCAACAAUCUCGUCGACCUUGGCCCAGAUUCAUUUGUUUCUUCUGGUGCUAUUUCUAUGGCAUUCGUCUUUUUCGCUGCAUUCCUUUACGACUUCCUCACCAUGUCCAUCAUUGCAUCAUACUGCAUUCGGCAUCGCUCUGUCCAAGGUGGCCUCGGACGAGCUUUUCUCGCCCAAGGCAUCGUUGUCUUCGUAGCAAUGUCCGCUCUGAAUCUUCUUUCUUUCGCCAUGUAUUUUAGUGCGGAUCGCCGGCGUAACGGUAUCGGCUCAUAUUUUGCCUGGAUUGUUCCAGAUGUUCUGGCCUGUAGACUCGUACUCAUGCUCAGAAGACGCGUAUCGCCCACAGAGAGCGAGAAGCUGGCGGCAUACUCGAUACUUGUACGCAAGGCGCUCGAGAUGGACACCGUCAGCGCCGACGCCCGGCUCAAUCUCGCACAUCCCGUACACGAAAGCGGGCAAGGACAUUCCCACACGCCGAAACCGCUCGACGUGCCACUCGUUUCUGACGCGGAAAGUUCGCCGUACGUGAGUCACAGACGUUCGCAAAUACCGAAACUGUCAGAGCUAGACACAGGACAAGGUUUCGACGUGGAGAUGGGAGAGGCUGGAUGAUAGUUGUGUCCGGUCGUUCGCGGAGCGUGCGCUUACGGUGUAUUAUUAUAUUGGCGGUCUUCCAUUAUGCCUUUUGUCGUAUGGUGCUUUUCUUGGGGCUUUGCAUCAUUUCGCUCAAUGCAAAAU